AUGAGUGACAGUGAAGAUGAGCCAACAUCAAAAGUCUUGAACUUUGAAGUCAUUAAAAGAGGACUUUUACAAGUCGGCCGAACUUUUGAUGGGACUUCUUAUGCAUUUUUAAAGCUAGAGCUUGAGAACAGAGAAAUUGAGACCAUUUCAGAAGAUUUAAGCCAAUAUCAGCAUUUGAGAUAUAUCAAGCUCUCAGGUAACCGCUUACAAAAUAUAGAUGUGAUCAGCAAGAUACCAAAUGUGCUGAGGCUAGAUCUUAAAGGGAACCGCGUCAAUAAUUUAGAAGUGUUUAAUAAUGAAGAAACGUUCCAUUAUUUGCAGUUCUUGGAUCUAAGCAAUAACAAUGUCAAAAAUUUGUCCUCUAUUAAAGUACCAAAAAUCCUCAGCCUAAAUCUCUCUAAAAAUGAAAUUUCUAACGUUAGUGAUUUUCAAGGACAUGCAAAUCUAAAGGUGUUAGAACUGAGAGGUAAUAAAAUAAGUUCACUUAUUGGGCUAAAGGGCAUGCCAAAUUUACAAGAACUGUAUUUAGCCCAGAAUAAUAUAAAUUCGCUGGAAGGGUUGGAAGACUUGCCGUCAUUGAAAAAGCUGCACUUAAGGAAAAAUAAAAUUCAGGCACUUGAAGAAGAAAAAAUUCCUGAUUUGCCUGAGCUAGAGUAUCUUAAUUUGAGAGAAAAUGAAGUCCUUGAUAUAAAACAAUUGGGGUUAUUAAAAAAACUAGAAAAAUUGAAAAAGCUCAACUUAAUUGAUUGCCCAUUAAAUGCAGAACCUAGUGGAAAUGCUAAAAAAGAAAUUUUAAUAGUCCUACCUAAAAUUGAUUUUGUGAAUAAAGAAGAAGUCACUCAAGACGAUCGUGAAGAAGCAUACAAUGAAGCUCAAGAAAGAUUUAUUGCUGCUGAAAAUGCAAGAAAAGAAGCAGAAAGAUUAGCUGAAGAAGCAGCUGAAAGAGAAAGAGAAAAAGAGCAAGAAUAA